AAACUGUUUCACCUGCGGCUGCUCAGGCCACCAUAGCCGCUUCUGUGUUGACCAUUCAUUACGCAGGUUAGGGCAUAUUUGGAGCUGAUGACAUUAUCAGAUAUUGAGGUUGAGGAUGCUGUGUAAUAGCUCUCACCAAAGAUGUGGCCCAAUGACUAAAUAAUUCAUCGUCUUCCAGGGGGGAAAUCUCUCAUUCCUAUAAUAUUUGGUCUGGGCCAUUAAAUAAUUCAUCCGCCUAUCCAUAAAUUGUUUGCUCAAUUGGUGACCUUUUCGUGGGAUUAAGGAAGCACAAUAAUAAAUUCUUCAGAGACCUGGCAUAACGAAUGGUACAAUUAUGAGGCAGUAUUGGAUCGGAUCGGUUGUCGCAGCCUGGUGUUGGUUGCUUAGUGACAGCAGGAACUUUUCCGCCCGCUGGUUUUGCUGUUAAAGUCUGAGUGACUGAAAGGACAAAAACAAUCACAUUAUGACAGUCUAGACUUCGGCUGUGCACAGGACCUGUUUGUGACUGCUGUGUCUUUGACAGCCUGUCAGUCACUUGGUGAUGAAAGUGCUUCAUGAAGUCGAUUAUUUUCAGAGCUCAGUUAUCACUCCUGUCCGUGUCGUCUUGUUUGCAUGCACAGAGGAGGCAGAAUACUUGAUCUUUAAGUGAAAUCAACAAGCUAAGUGAAUGCUCUUGCAGGCUAUUGUUUUUCCAGUUGGUGCCUUUAAAAUGAUGAAUGGAAGACCUAGAUGAAACAGAAGAGGUUUAAGGGUGCGGUUUGAUGAUGCACAAGCAGUUGCUGUUCUUUCUUAUGCUGUCAGUGUGUUGUUUUCUAGCUGAUCCACCGCGGUAACAUUAUCUUAGGUGUGCCUAGAGCCGAAUGUUUUAUUCCAGAAUUUCACUUUUUGUGUUUCAGUAAUAGGUGGCAUUUCAAGCGGUGGCUUUCUCUGAGUCAGUGGGAUUAGCUGUAGCCUUGUCGUCUUGUGUGAAAAGCAGGGUGCCAGCUUUAAUGGGAAGGUAGCCCAGUGAACAGCUCGGCCUCUCAGCGGCCAUCGCCUCCCCAUCGCCUCUCCACCUGGUCUUUGAGCACCUAGCUGGCCACAGACAUGUCGAUCCUGUCCCGCCGUCCUCUCGUCCUCCCUGUUUGCCUUUUCUCUUUCUCCUUGGCUUUCUGGUUCGCCUCCUCCGUGCUCCUUUCUACGGCUUUUCUAUCUUACCUCCCGCCUUCCCGUUUUCUCAUCUCCCUCUCCUCUUCCUCUCAGUCUCCUUCCAUGUCCCUGACUGCCCUUUCCUCCUCCUCCUCCUGCCCCCGCCUCCAUCCUAAAGCAGAGUAGCUAAUGAAGAGCCCCAUUUAGCCGGUGACUUUGGUUCAGUCAGCGCUCCGUAGAGCCGGCCGGCCUCGGAUGCCGUGACUGGCUGUUGAGGCUCUGACAUCACACAGAGGCCAGCUGUUGAUUUGGCGCUGUCUCCAAGGCUGGCUGGCUUGAUGGGUUGUGGCAGGUAGACUUGUGCUUGCACAGUACUCUCCCUCCCUCCCUACUUCCAUCUCUUUCUCUCUCUUGCUCUCUCUCUCUCUCUCUCUCUCUUUGUGACACCCACUCUCCCUCGCCCUCUCCCUUUACACUCCCCUCUCCCUGUCUUACACUCUCACUCAGUCGAGCGAGCAAACAGGAGGCAGCAGGCAGCUGCCGAGGAGCGAGCUGGGAGGCGACUCCAGCCUCCUCUCCAGCAAAUUGUGCCUCCUGUACAAUGGAAACUAAACGGUCGAGUAGCAGAAGGGAUGGAGGGCAGAGCUGCUGGGCAGGUCAGCAGGGGUCAUGAGGGUGUCGGAGGCCCCGGUUGCUGUUUAGAGCAGCUGAAGCAGACAUGGGCAAAGAAGUCUCGAAUGGCAUCGGUAGGCUUGGCCUCAUCGACUUCACCAGCCACAUCCUCCUUCGCCACAACCACCACUGGCUACGCAACAAGUUCUCUCUCUUUGCCAGCAUCUCCCAGUAAGACUUUGCAAUGAGAAUGUCCGACACAGUUGACACUGAAACGAUGAAGGUUCCCGAGGCUGCCGACGCAGUCGCAUCUCCAAAAGACAACAUCCCCGCCAAGUGUGAGGCCGCCGACCAGAGCCAGAGCAGCAAAGAUGAACACGGCAGCAACCAUAAGAGGGACGUCCAGGAUGAAUUCCUUCUCCAGCCCCUUGAAAAGGAGGAUCGAGCUAGACAGGACCAAGCCGACAAAGAGGACAGCUGUGAUAAGGUGGACAAACCUGAGAAAACGCAGAGAAAAAUGUUGUCAAGAGAUUCCAGUCAAGACUACACAGAUUCAACUGGCAUAGAUCUCCAUGAGUUCCUGGUCAACACAUUGAAGGGCAACCCCAGGGAUCGAAUCAUGCUGCUGAAGUUGGAACAGGACAUCUUGGACUUCAUCAGCAAUAAUGAAAGCCAAAUGAGAAAGUUCCCACCCAUGACGUCCUACCACAGGAUGCUAUUACAUCGAGUGGCGGCCUACUUCGGCAUGGACCACAAUGUGGACCCCAGUGGGAAGUCAGUGGUGAUCAACAAAACCACCAACACUAGAAUACCCGAUCAGAAAUUCUCAGAGCACAUCAAGGAUGACAGGGCGGACGAUUUUCAGAAGCGCUACAUUCUCAAACGAGACAACUCCAGCUUUGAUCGCGAAGACAGCGCGAUUCGAAUGCGUUUGAAAGCUGACAAGAGGAGCAAAUCGAUGGAGGAGAGGGAGGAGGAGUACCAGCGAGCCAGAGAAAGGAUAUUUGCACAUGAUGGAGAUCACUUCAUACUAGAUAGAAGUGCUCAAGAUGAAGACGCAUGCAUGAGCACCCAGCAGAGGCGGCAAAUGUUCAGGUUAAGGGCCGGCCGGUCAGGAGCCAGCCGACAGAGCAGCUCCGAGACAGAAACGCUGCCACGGCACGGAGAGCCUCGUCCGUGGAGCAGCACCGACAGCUCGGACAGCUCCAACCGGCUCGCCCCGCGGCCCGCCAUCACCAAGGCCAGCAGCUUCAGCGGCAUUUCCCCCGGCCUCGUCCGAGGGGACAGCACGGCCAGCAGCAAGAGCACAGGGAGGCUCUCCAAAACAGGUUCAGAAUCGUGCAGCAGCGUCGGCUCCUCGUCCAGCUCGCUAUCCCGUCCCCAGAUGCCUCUCCCAGUUUCAGCCUCGUCCUGGUCCAACAUACCCAGCAACCCCCUAAUCCACACGGCUGCUGACACCACCAGAGGUUCCGGACCCCCUGAGAUGAUCAAGAGCGUCCCUUCACAGCCACCAUCUGUCACAGAUGCAACAAACUAUUUUGUGUUGCCGCUGGAAGCUUCAGGGAUACCACCAGGCAGCGUUCUGUUCAACCCACACACAGGCAAGCCUUUCAUCCACCCCGAUGGCAGUGCUGUAGUUUACAACCCAGCCACUGUCGCCCCUGCUGCUGCCAGGAACCCACAGCAGGGGAAAACCCCACAGCAGCCAAUCCCUGCGCCUACACAGCCAACCAGUCACCUCCUCUCACAGCCGAUCUGUCCUCCUCUCCAGCUGUCCUCUGAGCCUGUCCACAACCCAAUGGUCUUGUGUCCUCUUCCUCCUCCUCUUCCUCCUUCUCAGUUCCUGCCCGUCUGUCCUAACCAACAAUACACUGUGCCUGACGCCCUCAACGCCCAGUUCAGUCACAUGACUCUGGGGCAGCAGCAGCAGCAGCCCAGUGACAGUGGGGCUUCAGCCCCGGACACCCGCCACUAUCCCACCGUAUACCACCACCACCCCUCCUCCAUGGUACUGCAGGGAGCUCCUCCUCAGCAGCAGCAGCAGCAGGUUGCCAGCUACAUGGUGGCAGGACCAUCAGGAGGACAUGCAGGGGUGCUACAGGGUCAGCCUGUCACGCUCCAGAACCCGGGCCCAAAUCAUGCAUAUCCCAGCUCCACCCCGGGUCCCGCCGCUUUUCCGGGUUCCACGUUGAACCAGCAGCUACUCCAGCAACAUACCUACAUCCAGCAGCCUGUCCAGCAGAUGUCCACAUGUUACUGCUCUUCAGCCCACCACCCCCACUGCUCCAGCCAGCAGCAACAGCAGCAGCUCUACCGGCCCCCUGUCAACCCACUGCCCUAUAACUGCCCUCAGAGCCAAAACCUGCCCCAGCAUCAAGUACACCAAGCCGUGAUGCCAAACCCGGCGUCCAGCUACCAGACCAUAGUGGGCGUGCAGCCAGCACCCAACCUCGCUCUCACUGGCAACCAGCAAAGCAAUAUGGGCAACCAGAUGCAAGGCAUGAUGGUCCAGUACCCUCCAAUGCAGUCUUAUCAGCAGGUUUCAGUUCCGCAGCAGACGUACCAGCAGCCAGUGUUUGUGUCCUGUCAGCCGGGACAGGGGGCAGUGGCUGUUGCUGGCAUGCAGCCCUGCUACAGCCUGCUCCCGCCUAACCAGCACACCACCAUGAGUUCUACAGUGAGUUUUCUGCCUGCCCAGAUGAUGGAGCAGCUCCAGUUUCCUCAGACCUCGUCCCCCUGCGUCUCCCAGCAGCACCCAGGCCAGCAGUAUGCAGGGUUGUUGCCCCCAGGCCCCAGCAGCAGCAGCAUGGUGAUGCUGCAGAUGACAGCGCCCCCCUGCCAGCAGCCCCGGGCCCCCUCCCCCUGCCAGCGGAAACAGCCCAACCACAAACACCCGGGCGCCGAGCACCAGCGCAGCCACAGGCCUGCUGAGCUCCCCCCUCUUCCAGACAGCACCCAGAGCAGCUUGCCCUCGUCUCCGGCACUCACUCCCUUGCCAGGCCAGCCGCCCAGCGUCAAGGGCCUCCCGUCGGGCAUCUCGUCCAUCCCUGUCAUGGCCCACCACCCGCAGCUCCCUACAGCCUUCUGCCACAGUGGACAAGGUGAAGCUCACUACUCUCUACUGGGCCAACCUCUGCAGUACAAACCCUCCAUCAGACCUCCGCUGAUCCACGCUGCCCACAUGGUGGCCAAACACCAGGGUCCACUGGGGGUUUGGCGUAGCGGUCAUGGGAGAAAGGCCAGCAGAAAACCUCUGUCUUCAGAUCUCAGUGUAGGUGAAGCAGUGAGCAGUCAGAUCCUGGAAGUGACAGACCCUCCGGAGGGGAUCAGCUGUACAGACUCCCACCACUUCCUGGCAGACCUCUGCAAAGGGGGCGAAUUGAUCCAGCGGCUGUCGGACUGUCGGCCCCGGCUGUGCAACACAACCAGAGACGCUCCCGGCGGAAACCUGGCCUCAUCAUACUCCAUCCUCACCAUGCUACCCUCCAGAUUUGCUGCCCCGAGCACUGCGCUCCACCGCAGCGGCCCCCAGGCCACCUUUAAACUCCGAACUAGUACCAGACACAAAGGGGAGCCGCGUGACUCGGACAAAGCCGGCUCAUAGCUGCUAAGAUCUCGGUGCACCUAAGGAGCGCCACACGAACGCACAUCCGACCUCCUGCCUCUGCUGCCUCAGUCUGGACUGUCGUGGUCCCAGACUCUGUCCAAAUCAAAAACCAUAUCCAUUAUUUGCAGAAUGAAUGUUCACUUUUAUUUAGUUUUAGUUCAUUUUAUAAUCAUAUUUUUUUUUCUGGCCAGCAGGUCCGAGCAGGGUGGAACCUGAGCACCACUUGCCUGUUUGGUUUUGUUUGUGAGGUGCAUCCACGACUGCUGAGCUUAACUCAAGGCCCCUCUCUCUUCUAAAAGUCUGUUCAAAAGUGGAAUUUUGGGAUUCAUUUGCCAGCUGUUAGUGACUCCACUGUGGCUCUGUGUUUUUUUAAAAAAUAGCAGGUGUAUGAGCACCAUACAUACACAUAAUCUCCUUGUUACUGGUUCAAGAAUGUCUUUGUGCCCACUUUUGAAAAUGACACAUGUGAAAUCGGGUCUCUGUACCUUAUUACUGCAUUCAAACUGAGCAUUCACAUCAAAGCAAGUGUUUUAUUUAACAUCCAUCAGUAUUUCCAUGUUGUGUGUCCUAGCUUGAUCCCAGACACUGACUCACGAAACUGAUCGGCAUUUAGGUACACAACAGUGGGUUCCUUGUCUCGUUUUACACGCUCCCAACAGUAACACGCAGCAGCAGUUGUACCAUGUGAGCCCAUACAAUAAUAAACACUGAAUAAUAGAUAAUACUACCUGAAUUAUUUAAAGUCACUUUUAUACACAGUGAAUGUUGGAUUUGCACUGAAGUGAAGGAGAUGGGGAUGUGAUUGGUAUCAGUCAGGGCCUGGAUUUUCUUUUAUUAACCCCCCUCGUACCUGUUUGUUGCACUCUGCCAGGCCACUUUCUUUUAUAUUUAAUUAAAAUGUUUAUAUGCACAAGAAAAAUGCAAUCGAGGUUGUCACUCGGCUUCUUUUUUUUUUUUUUUACAUUUUUUGUGUGAAUCAUGAUAGGUGUUGUGUCUGGUGUGGCUUCUCUUUUCUUUCUUUCUUUCUUUUUUUUUUUUUUUUGUUUGACCAAUAAAUGUUUGCACCACACGUGUUGACAUAACUUUUUCCAAGGUAAAAGGCGAGCAAUAAUCUGGUCAGCAAACUUGAAAGUAUGUACUGAAAUGUUCCCCCAAAGCAAGAUGUUCUUUCAGUGUGUGAAAGCAGUGGAUGAGGUAACUCUUUGGAAAAUGUUGCCAUGGAGUUUGUAUCUCUGCCUUUUGGGCAUUGCAGAGAUAUUUGCUCUGUUUAGUAGUCUAAUUUCCAUCUGCAUAAAUUAGCCAUUUUGAAUAAAGCCUCUUGCGAGUGAGUGGAGUCUGGAGAAACAGGGGCGCCUAGUGGACAAAUGGUAUUACUACAGUAUAUGACCGCAACGAAUCUACAGGCAGAGCAGAAGGGAAACAGAAACAUAACUGUUAAGGUAACCGUGAGUGCGCGUGCAUAGUAACGGCGUUUAGCGUGGGUGAAAAACGCGCGUUAGCCGUUAGCUUGGAUGUUUGCUAGGCUUCGUGUCUUGCGUUCGGAAUGGAGACCAGCGCCUGGGAAGAAAGCAGGACGGUGGUCGUGUCCGGUGUCCCCGACGUGUUACCCGCCAGCAGGAUGAUUGACAAGUUAAUUAUUCACUUCCAAAGCCGCAGGAGGAGUCACGGAGGAGACGUCGAGCAGGUCAAAUAUCCCACCAACAUGGACGGAGUCGCGUUUGUUACUUUCGACGAAGCUAGAGAUGCAGAGAGGGUGGUGCAAAAGGAGCAACAUAUCAUGGCGGACAUCGAGUUUCCUGAGGAGUAUGUUCUCACAGUGUUCCCUUUCAGCAGAGAUGUGUUCUUCUAUGUUGCCAAUGCUUUGGUCGAUCUCUCCGUUUUUGGCAACGAUCAAGCGUCGCUCAUUCGGAAUCUGCAGUCGGCUCACAGGUCUCUAUGUUUCCGGCCUCUGCUCCAGCAGAGGAAAGCCACAAUUGAGGGGCCCUUUUCUGCCGUCCAGGCCCUGAGAGAGGACCUCAUCUGCAGAGCCAGCCGUCUUAAAUCCACAGUCUCACGGGCCCAAACUGCUGCCAUUAAACUAAAAGAAACUCCUCUUAAUCCGAGGGUAAUAUCUCAUCACAAGUUUGUCGGCUCUGUAAGCUGCAGCGGUCCUAAAGCUAAGCUGGAGCCUGCGAGCUCAAACAGCUUAUCAACACCGCCGCAGACCACAGGUGAGGCAACUAAAGCCAAAACCCUGCCUUCAAAUGCUACAGCUCAGAACACUUCCUUGAGGCAAAAAGUUUCCUGUAGGAGUUUGGCUGUAGGGAGUUUUUACAGCACAGACAGUGAUGAAGAGGAGCAGAGAGUUUGGCUCCAGAUGCCUACAGAAUGUAGAACAGAGCGAGCAAAAGCCAAUGUCAGACAAGUGCUCGGAGAGGAGAUCAAUGCAGGGAUUAGAUGUUCCUUAUCAGGCCAGGACCUUCUCCCUGCAGAGGCUGUAUCAGCAGGACAGCCACAAGAAGACAAUUUUUCACAAAAACUCAUUAGACCAGGCAGGGUUUCAGCAACCAAGAUCCGAGGAGACAAUCAUUUGGGCUCCCACUACAGCAACCCUGACUAUCUGAAGGAAUCAGACCAGACCAGCUCAGCCGUCACUGCUAAGCUCCUCCAGACUCAACUUAAAGAUGUCUCACGGUCCUCUGAGAAUGACACUAAGGAACAGCUGUCUGGAAUCUGUCCAGAGCGUGCAGAGGAUACGUGCAUCUGGAUCGACUCAUACACACUCAGGUACAUUGAAAAAUUUGACAAGAAGAAGUUCGACAGGUGCUUAAGAUGUCUUGAUGCAUCUGUUGAGUGUGUCGAAGGAACCGACCUCAUGCGGAUAUUGUUGACUGAGAAACGAUCCUCCAUCAGCACCUCAAGGAUCCAGCUGGCAUUGGAAACGCUCAGUACUUUGGUGGAGCAUUGGCAGUCAAUCUUAAGAGUUCAUGAGGUCUACUAUGAUGAGGAGGAGCAGCAGCCUGAGAAACUGAGUCAGAUCUGCAGUAUUGUGAAUUCCCUGUUUAGUGAUGUUCUUUACAUUUUUGAGGAAUCUUGCAUAAAAGUCAUUGGCCCUCCAACAUCUUGUCAUCUGUUCUGUAAGGAGGUGGAGAAUCAAAUUGCUAAACUCAAAGACAAGUAAGCCCUGACCGUCUCACAGAGGGAGUAAAAUUUAAUGAGUGCAUUUCUGCAAAUGAGCACAGGGUGGUGCUGUUGUGCUGGCUGUUGUCUUUACACAGUGUGCAUCAUCUCAAACAACUGUUUGGUUACAUUACAACAACAGUUUUCAUUCCUGUGUUACGAUUCUGACUAAUAAUUACAACUGUAGAAAUGAAGAAUACUGUACCAGUCACAUUUGCCUCAGAAAACUCAGUUUAGUGCUCUUAUUAAAUAAAAAAUACUUUGCUCUCUC